CUCAACCUGCAUCAUUCUAAACACGGACACGCGUUCCUGCAUCAACCGUUGUACUAUGUUGCUCAGCUCUUGAUGCUUUCUUUGGUUCUAGUUUAUUGAUCGCAGACCGCUGUCGCACAUUUCCAGCCCUGCAUCGCCCCCCCCCCCAAAACCUUCCUGGUUGCCUGGGUUUUCGCCCCAGAACAGCCUCACUCAAAAAGCAGCACAUCAAGCGUGUGAACGAGGCAGACCAAAGCCAAAUCUGCCUCCGCAGCCUUCCCGACCAUCGGCAGACCGAAUAUUACGUUCCUGAGCUCCAGAUCAGACAUUCAGCCCAUCUUUAUCAUCCAAGAUCGUUACCAUGGCGCGCCUGACGCGUGCCGAGUCCUCGGACGAGGAUGACUACCUCGAUAACAUCAACUCACAGGUCGCGAACCAGUCCCUGCACAACGCCGCCUCACCCGCAGCAGGCACCCCUUCGCGCCCUGGUCAACCUCCAAGCGCCGAAGUAAUCGACCUCACCCACAGCCCCGAACCUGCUCGCGGAUUCAAAUCGUUAAACUCCUUGGGGUUCGGACACUCAGACAAGCCCGUCUUUGGGAAGCCAGGAAAGCUCAUGUCCAGCCUUAAGCAGAAGGCAGCCGGCGCUUCCCAGAUGUUUAUCCAGCCCAAGAACCGACCAGAGCUGCACAGGGAACGGAACGUGCCCCCUCCCCGCAAACCCGCCGAGCCGAAGCCGCCAACUUUCAGCUCUAUGAGCCCCCAGGCAUACCCACCCGAAUACGUCCAGUCAUCAUAUUACAGGGGCGCCCCGACCGAAGCCGCCUUUGAGGACAACACCUUCUAUACGGACCCUGCCAAGGCGAAUGAGGACCUAAAGGCUCUACUGGAGGGCGGACUCGAGGAUGAGGAGGAGGAAGAGAACAAGGGUGACUUGGACGACGGAACACUGGAGGGGAUCAAGGUUAAACUCCUCCCACAUCAGGUCGAGGGUGUCAAGUGGAUGAAGGGCCGGGAGCUGGGUCCUGUCAAGCGCGGAAAGGUGCCCAAGGGUGGCAUUCUGGCUGAUGACAUGGGCUUGGGAAAGACUCUACAGUCCAUCUCACUCAUACUCAGCAACCCAAGGCCAGAUAGGGACCACCCAGACUGGAAGAAGAGUCUGAAUGGUGUCGAGCGAGGCACGCUGGUGGUUGCGCCUCUAGCCCUGAUCAGGCAGUGGGAGGCAGAGAUUAAGGAGAAGGUGACAAAAUCGCAUCGUCUCAGCGUCUGCGUACAUCAUGGGCCGAAUCGUACAAAGCGAUUUCAAGACCUCGCUAAGUACGACGUCGUGAUCACCACUUACCAGAUCUUGGUCUCGGAAUUCAACUACACUUCGGAGACAGUCAAGGCAGGGUGCUUCGGUCUGCACUGGUACCGAGUUAUUCUCGAUGAGGCCCACACCAUCAAGAAUCGCAAUGCCAAGUCCACCAAAGCAUGUUGCGCCUUGCGCUCAGAAUUCCGAUGGUGUCUGACUGGCACACCAAUGCAGAACAACCUAGAUGAACUGCAGAGCUUGGUCAACUUCCUGCGCAUUCAGCCUUACGACAACCUCCAGCAUUGGCGAGAGAAUAUAGACAAGCCCAUGAAGAAUGGCAAGGGACACCUCGCGAUUCGCCGGCUGCACGCUCUCUUGCGGUCCUUCAUGAAACGCCGGACCAAGGAUAUACUUAAGGAAGAAGGUGCCUUGCUGCCAGGCGGAAAGAAGGCCCUCGAGGAGGCCGCGAAGAACGGAACAGGAGAGGCUCCAGCAUCAAAAUUCAAGAUUACCGAGCGCAAGGUCGUGGCGGUCUCCACAGAGUUUUCAGCAUCUGAGAGAAGGUUCUACAACAAGUUAGAGGAGCGCGCCGACAAGAGUCUCGAGGCGAUGAUGAAGCAAAAGGUCAACUAUGCCAACGCCCUGGUGCUGCUACUGCGGCUCAGGCAGGCGUGCAAUCACCCCAGCCUGGUUGGAAGCAAACUGGACAAGGACAAGGACGCCCUCUCGACCGAUACGUCUGCCCAGAAGAACGCAGAUACGAGCGUCGAUGACCUCGCGGACGCACUGGGCGGCAUGGGCAUUCAGGCCAAGAAGUGCGAGCUAUGCAUGGUAGACCUACCUCGCGAUGUCUCCGCACGCGGCCAAGAGCACUGCGACGAGUGCCUGGCGAACAUGGACGAAGUCAACGCCGAAUUCACGGGUGCAAACAAGACCAAGAAGAAGGCAAAGAAGCCCAAAAAGCACGCGAGAAAGACCGAGGACAACAAGCGUAAGCCGCGGAGGCGAAACGUUGUCAUUGAUAGUGACGACGAGGACGAGGAGGGAAGCUGGCUCGUGGGCGAGGACCAGCGCGGCUCGUUGCGCCUAGGCAAGGCCGGCGGCACUGACGAUGAGAAUGCCGAAGGAACGGGCGAAGACCUCGGGUCCGAUGACUCGAUACACCACUCCGAAUCCGAGGCGGGCAGCCGCCUCGACAGCUUCGUCGUCGAUGAUGAGGUCAACACCCAAACCACCUAUGACGAUGAUUCUGAUGAUGACAGUCUUGUGUCUCUUGAUAAGUUCGGGUCACAGCCUACAAAGUCGAGGAAGCAGCGGAAGCCGGCGAGAAGAGUGGAGUCCAGUUCCGAAUCCGAGCCUCAGACCGACUCCGACGACGAGGACUCAGGGGUGUCCGAAUCCGAGCUCGAGAAGACGGAGAUCCUGUACACCACCCCCCACAAGGCGGCGGCCAAGAAGAGCACGGCGCACCUCAUGAACUCGUCCAAGAUCCGCGAGAUCGUCAAGAUCCUGCACAAGGAGGCCCCCGAGCACAAGUUCAUCGUCUUCUCCCAGUUCACGUCGAUGCUGGACCUCGUGGAGCCGUACCUGCGCAAGGAGGGCUUCAAGUUUGUCCGCUACGACGGCGGUAUGAAGAACGACGCCCGCGAGGAGAGCCUGAAUAGGCUGCGCAACGACAAGAACACGCGGAUACUGCUCUGCAGCCUGAAGUGUGGGUCCUUGGGCCUCAACCUGACGGCUGCCACACGGGUCAUCAUCAUCGAGCCGUUCUGGAACCCGUUCGUCGAGGAGCAGGCCAUAGACCGCGUGCACCGCCUCACGCAGACGGUGGACGUGGUCGUGUACAAGCUGACGGUCAAGGGCACGGUCGAGGAGCGCAUCCUCGAGCUGCAGGAGAAGAAGCGCCUGCUCGCCCAGCACGCCAUCGAGGGCGGCAUGAAGAAGAACAAGGACUCGCUCAAGCUGUCCCUGCAGGACCUCCUCAACCUCUUCAAGCCCCGCGCCGACGACGGCGGCCAGCGGGGAGGGGGGGGAGGAGACCUAGAAGACGACGAUGCCCUCAACGGGCUGGCGGACUUUAGGAGCAAGAAGCCGCCCGCGCCCAAGAAGGCGUACCGGAGGGAGGACGAUGUCUAUGGGCGUCGGUGGUGAGGUGCCUCAGCCCGAGCCUCGGAGAAAGAUUGAAUGAGCUCAUGAUGUGCUACGUUUGGACAUGGAAGCCCAGGAAGCUGGCUGGGUGGCGGGAUAGACCGGCUAGGAUAUACUUGUCUGCUGCCGACAUACGGACCAAGACGGCGUCGGCGUUCGGUUCCUUUUGACGUUUGAAAAGAGGUUUCUGUCACUAGAUACCGCUUGUAGAUCAUGGCUCUGUAAUAUGUGGAAUUGUUCAUAAGAUCGAUCAACUUUUAUCAGUGAUCAUCAGGAGGGUGGUUUAUG